CAUCUAUCUUUAAGAGGAUAGCGCCGGUGCCGUUGUAGGAGCCUUGUAGGAAACCUACCUGAACAUAUAUAUACACCUUAUAUAUAUAUAUAUAUAUAUUUUAAAAAAAACUACAAUCACAGGAUCCAAUAUCAGCAAUCAUGGGUCGCCCAAGACUCAUUAUAUUGAUCAGACAUGCCCAGUCUGAGGGCAACAAAAACCGCGAGAUCCACCAGACGAUUCCCGACCAUAGAGUGAAGUUAACCCCGGAAGGAUGGCAGCAAGCCCGCGACGCCGGUCGUCGAUUACGAGCCAUGCUGCGCCCAGACGACACCCUCCAGUUCUACACCUCCCCGUACCGGCGGACGAGAGAGACGACCGAGGGUAUUCUCGAAACCCUGACCUCGGACGAUCCCGACCCUUCGCCCUUUAAGAGAGCCAAUAUGAAAGUCUACGAGGAGCCGCGGCUGCGCGAGCAGGACUUUGGAAACUUCCAGCCCUGCAGCGCCGAGAUGGAACGCAUGUGGCAAGAGCGUGCCGACUACGGCCAUUUCUUCUACCGUAUUCCUAACGGCGAGAGCGCUGCCGAUGCUUACGAUCGCGUAUCAGGUUUCAACGAGAGUUUGUGGCGUCAGUUCGGAGAAGACGACUUCGCCAGCGUCUGCGUCUUAGUCACCCACGGUCUCAUGUCUCGCGUAUUCUUGAUGAAAUGGUAUCAUUUCUCCGUCGAGUAUUUUGAAGACCUACGUAACGUGAACCACUGCGAGUUUCUCAUUAUGAAGAAGCAGGAAGACAGCGGCAAGUAUGACCUCCAGACCAAACUACGGACUUGGUCUGAGCUACGUCGGGAACGAGCUGCUAUCAAAGCCAAGGAGGAUAAGGAACUAGGCGAUACCGGGAAGGAGAAGGAACCCGGCAAGGCUCAGAAACAAAAUUCCACUCCCGCUCCGCCACGCCAGUGGGGUGGUUGUCCUCAAGGCUGUAAUCACGGCAAGAAUUUCAAGAUACGGGGUGACUUGGCUGAGCUACGGCAACACGACGAAAUCAGCGCUAAGCAUGCUUUCAAUUAUAUUACUGCUGAGGUUAAUGGCACUAUAGCCAGCCGCAGAAGCCCAGCUAAGAGAAUUCAAGGCCCAAACAAUUCCGAUGACGACUCGGAUGAUCCUCGCGGUAGAGCCCUUCCGCAUAUCGACGUGACAAAGGCUCAAGAAGAGGUUGUAUCCUCACCAGAUGGAACGCCAUCAUUUAUAACCAUCGAUGAUCGAUUGCGCAACGCGCUAAAGACUCCUCAGAAGUCCACCUUCCUUUACCUUGGUCGCGACUUCGGGGGUACUUACUCGGGACAUGCUAGCGAGGAGGAGGUUUCGGAGAAUGAUGCUCGCGAACGGCUCGCCGCUAAGGCCGCGCGUGUUAAGAAUGGCGAAAGGAGUGGACUAACAACUAAUGGCAGAGAGACCUCGAGUAGCCGUCAUUCCCAUGCCCACGCAAAUAGGCUCGGUGACGUGCCCAACAACUCUGACCAGGGGUCGGACGGCGGGGACGAGGCGGAGGACCUGGAUAAGGCUGAGAAGGAAGAUAGGAGCAUUCGAGGAAGCGUAUAUUAGGCUCUGAAGGAGCCUUUGAUUGGGUUUCAUAGCAUGUGCUAUUCAUUUUUUUCCACGUUGGCAAUACCCUUUACGACUAGCGCAUAUAUCGAAUAGAAUGGACCAAUGAAGCGUACAAAACAGACAAUACAAUGCCCUUGUUCUUUAUGUUCUUCUCACUAUGCGUCUUGAAAGAAGCAUCUAGUCAUUGAUAUCCCUUCUUUGUAAUGCACGUUCUACAAGCUCUCAGGAUGUAGAG